AUGAAAGGUGCCGAUAUCAAAUUUAGAAGAAGUAACCGACUCGACAUUGCUCUUUCUACAAACCUUCCAGUCGCUAUCAUUUUCCUUCCUGCCGCAGACAUCCCAAUAUUCGUGGGCGAGGGUAAUUGUGACUUGGGUAUUACUGGUCUUGACCAGAUUCAAGAAGCAGACAUGUUCGAUUCGGUUGAAGAUUUGUUGGAUUUGGAGUUUGGAAAUUGUAAAUUGCAAGUCCAGGUUCCUGCUGAAGGCGAGUACACUAGCGUUGACCAAUUGGUGGGCAAAAAAAUUGUCAGUUCGUUCACUAAACUCACCACCGACUACUUUAAAGGUGUAGAAAAGGUUGAAUCAGCUUCUGAUGUUACUACAAAAGUAAAGUAUGUUGGUGGUUCGGUAGAAGCUUCUUGUGCUUUGGGUGUGGCUGAUGCCAUUGUGGACUUGGUGGAAAGUGGAGAAACCAUGAAAGCUGCUGGUUUGAAGGCCAUUGAAACUAUCUUGGAAACUUCAGCGCACUUGAUUUCGUCUAAGACUCCAAAGCACCCAGAACUCGUCAAGAAGAUUCACCAACGUUUCGAGGGUAUCAUGGCUGCUAAAGCUUAUGUUGUCUGUACUUAUAAUGCACCUAGAAGCAUUUUGAAAAGUGUGUUGCCUGUUACGCCUGGAAGAAGAUCUGCCACCAUUUCUGUGUUGGAGAAGAAAUCUGAGGAAGAGGAAGAAUGGGUUGCUGUUUCUGCAAUGGUGUCUAGAAAACGCAUUGGAGAUGUCAUGGACGAAUUAAAGAAGUUGGGAGCAUCUGACAUCCUUGUGUUUGAGCUUUCGAAUUGUAGAGUUUAG